CCGAAGGGGUAAAAGAACUUUUAACUUUUUUAGGGCUCUUGAGGUUUAGGGUUCUUGCGGCAAGGAUGAAUGGGAACGAUUGAAUCUCCACUUCCUCUGAAGAAAUCCACGCCGCCAUCGCAUCCUCUCACGAAAUGGCAGCAGCAGCAGCAGAAUUCUUCAAGCAAUCGAGCGAAUUCCUUCGGUGAGCGUGAGAGCUUGCACAAAUCCAUUCAGCUCCUAGAGUCGCGCGAAUUGGAACUCGAUCCCGUCGGCUAUGCUGCGCUCAUCCGCCGCUGCGGCGCCGCCAAUGCCAUCUCCGCCGCGCGCCGCCUCCAUUCUCACAUUCUCUCCCUCCCGCACAGCAAUUCGCAGCCCCCAUUUCUCGCCAAUCUCCUCAUCGAGAUGUACGGCAAGUGUGGCCGGCUGCCGUACGCGCGCGAGCUCUUCGAAUCCAUGCCUUCCAGGAACGUCCACACCUGGACCGUGGCGAUGGCAGCCUUCUCCCACAAUGGCUGCCACAGCGAGGCGCUCGUCUUCUUCCGGCGGAUGUACCAGUCCGGGGAGAGGCCCGAUCGAGUGACUUUCAGCGUGAUCUUAGCAGCGAUCGCGCAGAUGGGCGCGGCCGCGAUCGAUCAGGGGAGGGAGAUCCAUCGGUACGCGCGGAUCAGUGGGCUGCUGCCCAAUGUGGUGGUGGGCACUGCGGUGAUCAGCAUGUAUGGCAAGUGUGGCCGAUUGGACGACGCGAGGGCGGCCUUCGAGGAGCUCCAGUGGAAGAACUCGGUGACUUGGAACGCGAUGAUGACGAACUACAAGCUGGAUGGGAGGGAUCGCGAGGCCCUGGAGCUCUUCCGGGAGAUGUGCGAGCGCUCGAGGAGCGCGAGGCCAGAUAAGUUUAGCUUUAGCAUCGCGAUCGAGGCUUGUUCUAACUUGGAGGACUUGGAACAGGGGAGGGAGAUCCAUGAGAUGCUUCGCAGGGAGGGAAAGGAGCUCCACAAGGACGUGGUGGUUGGCACCGCAUUGCUCAACAUGUACAGCAAGUGUGGAGAUCUGGAAGAAGCCCGCAAAGUCUUCGACUCGAUCAGGCACGACGCCGAUUCAGUCUGCUGGAACGCGAUGAUCGCCGCCUACGCGCAGCACGGCCGAGGCAAGCAAGCACUCGACCUCUACAGAUCCAUGCACGACACCACCGAUCUAGCACCGAAGCAGGGCACUUUCGUCACGGUGAUCGACGUCUGCGCGGAGCUCUCGGCGCUCAAGCAAGGCCGCGCCAUCCACGCCAGGGUCCGAGCCACGAACUUCGACGCCAACUUGCUCGUCUCCAACGCACUCGUUCACAUGUACGGGAAGUGUGGCUGUCUGGACGAAGCUCUCGACGUCUUCCACUCCAUGAAGCUCAAGGACGAGAUCUCGUGGAACACCAUCAUCUCCUCGUACGCUUACCACGGCCACAGCGAUCAAGCGCUGCUGCUCUACCAGGAGAUGGAUCUCCAAGGUGUGAAGCCGACCGAGGUGACCUUCGUCGGGCUUCUCUCGGCUUGCAGCCAUGGCGGCCUCGUCGCCGACGGCCUCGACUACUUCUACCGCAUGCAAGACGACCACCGGAUCAAACCGAGCGUCCCACACUUCGGCUGCAUCAUCGAUCUCCUCGGACGAGGAGGGAGGCUGGCGGAGGCCGAGCUGGUGCUCAAGUCGAUGCCGAUACAAGCCAACGCCGUGCAGUGGAUGUCGCUGCUCGGGGCUUGCAAGACGCACGGAGAUCUCAAGCGAGGGGUGAGAGCCGCGGAUCAAGUGGUGGACAGGGUGCCGUGGACUUCCGGGGGAUACGUCUUGCUCUCCAACAUCUACGCCGCGGCCGGGCGGUGGAAGGACGUGGAGAAGAUCCGGAAGAUCAUGGCUGCGCGGGGCGUGAAGAAGAGCCCCGGGAAGAGCUGGAUAGAGAUCGGGGACGUGGUGCAUGAGUUCGUGUCCGGGGAUAGGUCACAUCCACAGGGGGAGGAGAUUUACGUGGAGCUGGGAAAGAUGGUGGAGGAGAUGAAAGGGCUGGGAUACGUGCCCGAUACGAGCAGCGUAUUUCACGACUUAGAGGAGGAGGAGAAGGAGGAUUUGCUGGUUUGCCACAGCGAGAAGCUGGCGAUUGUCUAUGGGAAUAUGGUGGUGCCUGGGAAGUCGAUGCUGAGGAUCGUGAAGAACUUGAGGGUGUGCUUGGAUUGUCACACCGCUACCAAGUUUAUGUCGAGGAUUACCGGGAGGAAGAUCGUUGUGAGGGACGCUGCGCGGUUUCAUUUGUUUGAGAAUGGUAGCUGUUCUUGCAGGGACUACUGGUAGAUUGAUCAUAUCAUAUCAACUUUUAGUAACUAUCAAACUUACAGGAACAUUGCUUGAGUGGAUUGA